CACAGGGAAAGGUCAGCGGGUGACCUCGGAAGUAGUUGUUGUGAGUAGUAAUGGAUCCCUAUCCCCGAUCGUCCAUCGAAGAUGAUUUCAACUAUGGCACCAGUGUGGCGUCGGCCAGUGUCGACAUCCGCAUGGGGUUCCUGCGGAAGGUAUACACCAUCUUGUCUGUCCAGAUUAUUCUUACUACUGUGACAUCUGCUGUGUUCAUGUAUAGUGAUACAAUCAAGGAUGUCGUUCAUGGAAGCCCUGAAUUGGUGUUGGUAGCAUGUUUAGGAUCGCUGGGUCUAAUAAUUGCUCUGGCGAUUUAUAGACAUCAACAUCCCAUUAAUCUGUAUCUCCUGUUUGCUUUUACCCUGCUGGAAGCUUCAACUGUGGCUGCUGCUGUCACUUUCUAUGAUUAUUCCGUGGUUCUGCAAGCAUUCAUUCUGACUACAGCUGUAUUUGUUGCAUUGACUGUCUACACAUUUCAAUCAAAGAGGGAUUUCAGCAAAUAUGGAGCAGGUCUUUUUGCAUGUCUGUGGAUUUUGUUCCUGGCUGGAUUUUUAAGACUGUUUUUCUUGAGUGACACAGUGGAGCUUGUAUUUGCAUCUGCAGGAGCUCUCCUCUUCUGUGGCUUUAUCAUCUAUGAUACACAUGUUUUGAUGCACAAGCUUUCACCUGAAGAAUAUGUACUGGCUUCAAUUAACUUAUAUUUGGAUAUCAUUAAUCUGUUUUUGCAUAUCCUUCGAAUCCUGCAAUCACUUAACAAGAAGUAAUCUCUAGAAUUAUUGCAGAAAAAAAGAUGUUAAUAUAUCUCUAACUGAAAUUUAAUGAAGGGGUGCCCUUUGUGUAUGGACUUGCUGAUUUAUUAUCUAACUUUGUUCUUAGUGAUCAUAUCUGUAUUUGUUAUCUGCUGUAGAUAGUUUUAACUAAUAAUCAUCAAUUUGUAUAGUUUUGCUUGAUGGAAUUUUAGGGCACUUCUGGGUGAAUAGUUGAAGAAAAAUAUUAUAAAUUGUGGAGGAACACCAAUCCAGACGCAAAAUCCAACAUAUUUUCAGCUUUGUUUGAUUUGAAUUUAGAGAGCUUAAUUUUUUAAAAAUCUGAAUUGAAAUUUGAUGCUAAACUGGAAGAAAGUAAUUCUUAAUGUGACAUGGAUUCAAUGAAAGAUUUUUUGUCUGUUCUUUUCUAUUGUAAUUUGUGUUUAUAGGUUGAAGUCCUAUUCUGUAAGAAAAAAUCAUUUGAGUACAAGUCAUCCCUUUGAAUAAAAUCUGUAAUUCACAUUUUA